AUAAAUUGUUAAUUUUCUGUUCCCAGUUUUGAUUUCAGAAAUGAUCGUUUCUCUCCAUCACUCCCUCUCAGGAAAGCUUGCAGACCCUCUCUUCUGAGUUCAUUGAGCAUGAGACUUAAGGAUAACAUGUUAAAAGGCAGCUUCCCAGGCUCAAGGUUGAUUUGAAGUCAGGACUCCAGUAUCUGUACUUUAACCCACAUCCCAGGUGAUGGAUGGGGUGUCUUAGGAACCACACUUUGAGAAACACUGCUGUAGCGGGGAUUUGUUUUUAAUCUCUGGGUGACUUCCCUUGGUUCACCUGCUCUUCUGCCCCUCUCCACCUCCCACCCCAAGGGGGAAUCAGUAGCCAUUACUAAGAGGAAAAUUUUCUUCGGUUGUGUUGUUCUAAGUAAGGAGACAAGGAAGUCAGCCCACAGACGGGGAACGUGACUGCUUGCACGUGGGUGGUGAUAUUUCUGCACAUCUCCUGGGGAGGCAUAUGUUCGUUUGGAGACCGUGAGACAGGCAGGAGGAUCAGGCUGGGGUGCCAUCCUCCUUGGGUGGGAUCUGGGAUGUCAGGUGGUCCAGGUGAAGAUUCGGAGCUGAUCACAGAGAGCUGGGGAGAGAUGGGUUGAGGGUAGCCAGGAUUUGAGUAACUGGAUGGAAAUCUCUCGAAUAAAGCUAAUAUUGUAAAGUUUGGUUUCACCAGUUAAUUAGCUGUGCAGCUUUGGGUGAGAUAUUAAACUCUCUGAGUCUCGGAUUCUUCCUUUUAAAAUGGGGGAAGAAAAUGGCAUCUCUGCAGCAGGCUUGUGGUGAUGAUUGAAGAUGAGUAUGUGAGGCACCUGGCUCAGUCCUUGGUGCACGGUAAACAUUUGAUAAGCAGUGGAAGUCAUUAUAGGUGAUUGCUGAUGGGGUCCGAGCUCAGAUGUUUCUUGAGAACCUUCUGGACUGGGCUUCUGAAGUCGUCUGGAACCUCUGCAUGUUCCAUAGGAAAUAGGAAGCCUGGAAUGGUCCCCCCUCCGCCGGGAGAGGAAAGCCAGACUGUUGUCCUUCCACCGGGCUGGCAGAGCUACUUGUCCCCUCAGGGCCGGCGCUACUAUGUCAACACGGCCACCAAUGAGACCACCUGGGAGCGUCCCAGCAGUUCUUCUGGGAUUCCAGCCAGCCCUGGCCCUCACAGGAGCUCUCUGCCUCCAACAGUGAAUGGAUACCACACGUCAGGGACCCCAGCGCACCCUCCCGAGACUGCCCACAUGAGUGUCCGAAAAUCCACCGGUGAUUCCCAGAACCUGGGAUCCUCAUCACCAAGCAAAAAGCAGAGCAAGGAAAACACCAUCACAAUAAACUGCGUGACGUUCCCUCACCCAGACACAAUGCCGGAGCAGCAACUGCUGAAACCAACCGAGUGGAGCUACUGUGACUACUUCUGGGCUGACAAGAAGGACUCCCAAGGCAAUGGCACGGUGGCUGGGUUUGAACUGCUGCUGCAGAAACAGCUGAAGGGCAAGCAGAUGCAGAAGGAAAUGUCGGAGUUCAUCCGGGAAAGGAUAAAGAUUGAAGAGGAAUAUGCGAAGAACUUAGCUAAGCUCUCUCAGAACUCCUUGGCCGCACAGGAGGAGGGCUCCCUGGGAGAAGCGUGGGCGCAGGUGAAGAAGAGCCUUGCAGAUGAGGCUGAAGUUCACCUCAAGUUCUCUGCCAAGCUGCACAGCGAGGUGGAGAAGCCCCUGAUGAACUUCCGCGAGAACUUCAAGAAGGACAUGAAGAAGUGUGACCACCACAUCGCAGACCUCCGCAAGCAGCUUGCCAGCCGCUACGCCGCAGUGGAGAAGGCCCGAAAAGCCCUCACGGAGCGGCAGAGAGACUUGGAGAUGAAGACCCAGCAGCUGGAGAUCAAGCUGAGCAACAAGACGGAGGAGGACAUCAAGAAGGCCCGGAGGAAGUCCACGCAGGCGGGAGAUGACCUCAUGCGCUGUGUGGACCUCUACAACCAGGCCCAGUCCAAGUGGUUUGAAGAGAUGGUGACCACCACAUUGGAGCUGGAGCGGCUGGAGGUGGAGAGGGUGGAGAUGAUACGGCAGCACCUUUGCCAGUACACACAGCUGCGGCACGAGACGGACAUGUUCAACCAAAGCACAGUCGAGCCUGUGGACCAACUGCUUCGAAAAGUGGACCCAGCCAAAGACAGGGAGCUGUGGGUCAGAGAGCACAAGACGGGCAACAUCCGCCCCGUGGACAUGGAGAUAUAGACGCACGGCCCGGGGGGUCCUACCGAGGAGGGGUUGGGGGUCCCACGGAGAGGAGGUGGCGCUCCCGCUGGGGGGGCCUGCUGUCGGGAGUGGCGCUGCCCUCCCCCUGCUCUCCUGGUCCACUGAGGAGAGGGGACAGUGAUGCCAGAAGGGCGGCCCAGAUGGCCCCACAGGGAGCUCCCCGGUGUUCCCAGGCCGAGAAGAUGGAUCCACAGCCCUGCCCUUGUUUCUGAGGCUGAAGCCCCCUGAGUCCCGUGCUGUGCUUGCCACUCCAAGGAUAAACCGAGACUGGAACUUUGUGGUCCCUGUUGAGUACCAGAGGGGUCCCCUCCCCACCCAGAGCAGUUGUGUCCCAUGCUCAAGUAAGCCCAACGGCCCUUCUUCCAACUGACCUUGUCUCCAGGCCUUUGGAGGGGCAGGGGAGGGAGGUCUCCAUCUCCAAGCCAAGUGUCAGGAUCAGAGUCAUGGAGAGAAGGCCACCAUUCAGCACAGCAGCCCGCACCCAGAAUCCUUUGCAGCAGCCCUCCCUCUUGAUUUUUUUUUCCCCCCUUGAAUAUUCUGAGGGCCUACAUCCUGGCUCUUCUCUGCUAGUUUUCACCAAUGGGAGUCUUGGGAAGAAGGUCUGGCUCCAGUUUUCUCAGACUGACCCUGUCUGGAGAGGUCAGGAUGAAACUACCUCAUUCAGCAAAUUCACCCCAAGUUGGAGCAGUGAAUCGUGUGCCUGUUAGAUCAGGCAUCCGUGUCACGUGCUCUUUCCAGACAUCCCAGUCCACCCAACCUGCAGCCGCUUCCUUGGGGAAGCCCCCUCCUCCACCCUCGCCCAUCCCAGGGAGCUGAGUCGGUCUCACGUCAGGGAGGGGUUGGGACAAGUCUCUGUCAUCUCGCAGGUGGUUCUGUCUGCCUGCGCACGGUGAAGUUGGGACUGCCGUUCCGUGUAUGGCUCUCAUUGGCGGGCACCACGCAGACAUUGCAGACUGUCGUGGCCACAGUACAUGUCACCAUCCAGGCAGUCGGGUACCUUGGCCUCUCAGCUCCUUCUGCACGUUCCCAAGCCCCGCAUGCAGCCCCUGCUUGGGGCUGGUGCCCCCUUGAUCUUUUGCCGUCUCCUUUUUCCCUGGAAAGCCUGGUCUAAGCUGACCUGGGAAGCCACCGGGUCCUCACUCAUCACUUUCUCGCUUACGUACUAAAUCUUGAGAAUUGGCUUGAGGGGACUGGAAGCAAAAAAGGGCUGGAGGAGGUCAGACAGCUUGCAAGGGGCACAUUCUAGCCUGGAGCCCACACCCUAAGAACCCGUGUUUCUUCACUUUUCCCAUUGAUUACUUUGGAUUCACAGGACUCAUGUCUCAUAAGGGCAGCCAUCUAAGAGGAUAACUCACUGGUCUUUCUCUCUCCGUCGUCCAGGCUGGUAACUGAUGACUCGUUUUUCUUGUAUGUCUUGGUACCCCUUUCUCUGAGUCAGUAUGGCGUCCUCAUAGUGAUAGUAGAAAGAUGCUGAAUAUCCUAAAGCAAACCAAGCUUUGCCACUUUUCUUCUCAAAACAUCCCAACCAGAAAGGUCAGUGUGAAGGCCUUCACUAACAUGCAGGCCGCCAGGACAGAUCUGUGUCUGGCGUGGAGAACCACUCCUGGUCUGGGGUUGGGCUGUGACACCAGCUGCCCAUUUGGGGCUAUCAUUUCUUGGUUUCUUGAUUAAAAAAAAAAAAAAGAUGGGUGCUAGUAGUAACUGCUUUGUGGCUUAGUCAACUAAUUUGUGGAUUCAACUAAUUGCCAGCAUUCAAAGCCAAUAGCCUUGUUAACGCAGACGCGUUCAUGUGUGAUGUGGCUCAUUGAUUUUGUUUUCUCAUCCCCAUCUGAGGAUUCCAGCGUCUUCUGUUAUUCCCUGGGGCUCUCGCCUCUUUCAGGGUAGCCUGAGUUGGCCUCAUGUAGGCCAGUCUAUUUUCUGAAGUCAUGCUUUCCCCCUUUUCCCUCAGUCUCGUUAGCCAACCCCAUAUACCUCUUUUCCUUUUUUCUUCCCUCCUUUAUUCAUUCAUCAAGCAUUUAGCUAAGCCUGGGCAGUAUGCAAAGAUCUAGGAACAAAAUAUAGCCCUGUCUGUCAUCAGGGAAACCAAUGAUCUGUUCUUUUGCGUAGACUCGUCUUUUCUCCAAGGGUCUUGCAGAUCAGUAACCUUGGCAUUCACCUACAGAUACUCUCUGCAGAGUCCAGGUUUGCACAGAUACCCUCUGUUGUACUGAUAGCUCUUCAUUCAUUCGUUGAUUCUCAUUCAUUCAUCUAAUCAGCAGACACUUGGGGCAAGCCAGGUAUUAUGCCAGUACUGCAGCCGGAGCUGCAUACCGGCCAGGAACUCUGCCCCAUCCCCCAGCCCUUCUGUUCUCCAUGUGCACAAGCGCAUGUUUUCAGACCUUGCUGGGAAAUGAGAGCCUUGCACCUCUUCCACGUUUAACCUCCUGCUAGCCUGUAAUAAGCCAUGUGGCAUUUACCCAAGGACGGAAGAGCACCAAGAGUACGAUCAUGGGGUCACUAGACCCUCACAGCUCACAUCCAGCUCAAAUUUGAGAGAUUUGUUUGUUUUAAAUAAUUCUUGCUUUACACAGAGGAAGCAUGAAGCCCAAGGCCAGCCAGUGAGAGCUGUGAACUCAAUAGCGAAUCACGAGCAGGGCUGGAGUUGAGAGUACAGGCCUCUGUCCUGUGGUUGGGAGGAAGUCAUGUCUGAGAGUCAUCUUCAGAGUGGUGCUCUGUCCUCGUGGUUGGUUUGGUUUGGGUUUGGGUAUUUAGGUUAUAAGAGGAUAUGCUUGGCUUUUUUCAGGGUGAAUGACUCCAGGUUAUUUGUGAGCACAUCCACUGUUCCAUUUCUGAGAACAGGUGAGCCCCUUCUACCUAGGAGACACGGAUGCACUUUGUUUCGCCUGUGAAAGCCUGCUUUUUAGAAUAGAAUCUAAGACAGACAGUUACCAAGACAACCUCCAGGAUAAGCUGCUUGUCCCUCUCUCUCUUUUUUUUUUUUCUGUUGCUUCUGAUCAGCGUUGGAAAGCACUGGCCAGCUGACCCACAGGGAUGGGUGACCUGAGGUUCUUCCCAUGGGACCACCUUGGGUCUCCUUUUAAUCUACCCAACACCUGUGUCAGCUGGGGAGCAGGGAAGGGUGGGUUGGAUUUCUUUGAGGGGGAAACACUUCUCCCCUCACUGAGGCUGAUUAACAACUGAAGCAAAUAGAAAACCCUGUGUAUACUCAGGAACCAGGGGUUUGUAUUCCCUUUGUGGAAACCAAUCAAUUACUAGAUUAGGAGAUGGAAGCAAAGAAAUCUUGGCAGAGCCAAAGUCCCUUCUUGGAAAUGCAAGCCAUAAGAUUCCGAGGACAUCAAAGACCUCGGCUUCUUUAAGUGAUUUUACUUCCAAUGGUGAAUGGCCUUGACAAGGAGAAUUUAUACAGGAUUCUGCAGACCUAUUGGUGAUUAUGUAGAUAGGGAAAGUUCCUGGACCAGUGUUAAAAGUGGGGCACAGAUCAGAAGCACACUUCCUUAGCCAGCAUACCGUCAUUUCCAUAAACCUUCCUGUCCCCACAGGUCCCACUGCCUUUUUUUCCAAGUUUAUUCAGAUAUUUGACAUUUGAAAUUGGGGGUUCAUGAGCGUAC